AUGGAAAAAAUUGUUCAAAAACUCAAUAGUCCCUUGUUGAAACGAAAGUCUUUGGCCGAUAGGAAUCGGAGCUUUGGGGUUCCUCUUAAGUCCCUCUUUUACAAGAAAUCCUCUUUGGUGCCUCGCAUCGUGGAGAACAUCUGUGAAUUUUUACAGUCCUCCGGUUUUCAGACUGAAGGCAUAUUCCGAGUCAAUGGAAGCGCCAAGGCUAUUGCAAGCUUAAAGGCACAAUUCGAUGUAACAUGUGCUGAUGAUCUGCAUAGCUCUGCAUGUGGUGACAUCCACGCUAUUUGUGGAGUAUUUAAAUUGUUCCUCAGAGAAAUUCCUGAUGGGCUUGUUCCUGAUGCUGCCACCAGACAAACAGUUAAGAUUAUGGAUCAGCUGAAAGACGAAAAACCUCAGUGCUUAUUGAAACUGAGGAAUGUUGUUACAAGUCUACCGGAGGAGAAUUAUAAUUUGCUAAGGUAUAUAUGUCGUUUUCUGCGGGAACUUGCCUCUAAUGAAGAUUCAACGAAAAUGUCGGCCGCAAAUUUAGGCAUCGUGUUCGGACCUUGCCUUUUCAAGUGCGGCCUUGGUGUUCAGGGCCUUCGACAGCAGAAUCUUUCGAACCUUGCCACCACGUACUUCAUUACGUACUUUGAAACCGUAUUCUCCUCGCCAUCGCCGGUCAACACCAGCGGACACCAAUUCAGUCUGCUAAAAUCCGCGACGAGUCUGAACAGCCUGCUCCAACGACGUCGAAAUUGCGCUCCACGGCGAUCCAUGGUCGCAGCUGGUUCAGCGGAGAAAACGUUGGGGGAAGGAGUGGGGGAGACCCCAUAUUCUCGAACAAUGAGUUCAAGGGGUGAUUCUGCGUCACCUCUACUCUCCGCCCCUGUUGCAAAUAGCUCUGACAUAGGCUCUCACUCCACCAGCAGUUUACCCCUUUCGCCGCUAAGACAAUGGCGGUAUUCAGAUGCUGAGGAAAUGGAGUUGAGAUCGCACGGUGCCUUAGCGCGUGAACUGGCUAGUAUCAUGACUUCCAUUUCGAUUCCCUCUGUGACCAAGCUCAACCAACCCUCAGAUGCCACACCAACUUCUAACAACAUUUUUGCAACAAAGGAGGCGCCAUCAGCUCCAUUAAGGAAGGCAACAGAAGACGACAAAGCAGACCUCAGUCGGUCAUCACCAUCUCCUGUGGUAGUUGAAGAUCUCGUCCAGUCGCUGCCUUCUCUCGUCCAACUCUGUCAUCAUGACCAUCACCACAGUAAUCAUCAUAAUCAUCAUCGCCGCAAUCACAAAUAUCGUGUGUGGCGUGGAGAACGUGAUGGAGGUGACGAGAAGGCCUCCUCAGACUCAUCCUCCACUACCUCUCUAUUGGAAGCAGCGGCGACUUCGACAUUUUCACAGCUCCUUACAGAGUCUACCACCGAGACAACUACCCACACGUUAACAGUGGAGGAAGAUUUUGAACCAGGUCACGCCUACCUUUCGUCAGUGAGUGAGAGUUGUGUAAUCUUGGGGUUCAUUUGA